CAUGACUUCCUUCGGAAGCUUAUUCUUGAUCUCGAGGCAUCUGGUUUUAGAAUAAUCGCAGUGAUCUCAGACAAUAACUCCAUAAACAGAAAAGCUAUGUCCUUCUUCGCUAAGCCCGCAAGUGUCAGCAUUGUUUACCAGCAUCCUGCUGACUCAUCGCGACCCCUGUUUUUCGUGGUGGACCCAGUUCACAUACUAAAGUGUAUAAGAAAUAACUGGCUCAAUCAACGAAACAUUGGAAAAUGCAUGUACUUUCCUGAACCAAAAAGUAAUGAGGCUGAACCAAAGAUACUUACAGCAUCUUUCAAGGUAUUGUGCGAGUUGCACGAAGCUGAAAAGCAUGAGCUCUUGAAGUUAGCGCCAACUCUUACUUUGAAAGCGCUGAACCCCUCCAACAUGGAACGACAGGACGUUAAGCUUGCACUAAAGGUUUCUUACUCAUCUACUGUUGCUGCUCUCAGUACCGCAACGUUCCAGCAUGCUAAGGAAACAUCUGAGUACAUUGACACCAUAUUGACUUGGUGGAACAUUGUUAACGUAAAGACGCCAAGAAAAGGACAGCGGUUGCGAGAUCAUUUGCAAGGACCAAUAGUAUCAUCGUUGUGUCCGCAGCUCGAGUUCCUGCAAAAAAUAGUUGAGUGGCUUGAUCACUGGGAAAGCCUCAGACAUAACAAUGGCCGCCUUACACGUGAAACGCACGCAGCUUUCAGCCGCACUACCCACGCCUUGCACGAACUAGCCAUAUACUGCCUGGAAGAGCUUCAUUUUGAGUACGUUCUUUUGGGCAAAUUUCAAACUGACUGCUUGGAGGAUCGCUUCGGAAAGUAUCGGCAACUGUCGGGUGCGAAUUACCAUGUGUCAAUAAGGCAGAUAUAUGAAUCUGAAAACAAACUGCGUUUGCAGAAGGUUUUGGACCUGCCAGAUUUAGACAUGCUACCAGCUCCGAGUGCGAAUACAUGGAGGACAGGUGUGCCGUCUGCGCACGGCCAGUUUGACGUCGCUGUGACUGAUUCUGACAUUCAGAAAAAAGCGUCAAGGCUUCCUGCAGUAACAUACGUUGCCGGCUAUUGUGCCCAUGCAGCUUUAAAGAAAUUGGCAUGCGGAUCUUGCAGGGAAAACCUUGUGAUGCAAGACGUCGACCUAGAUGAUGCUGAUAAUGCAUUAAUCACGAAGAUGUCGAGGGGUGGGCUGAAGUUUCCACGAGCAGUUGUAGUUAACGCUGUGCUGUUUACUGAAAUUAUAUUAGACAAGCUCAGGGCACCAGAAUACUCUGCGCGAUUUCUCAGCCUUCCUAUGCAGAAAGACACUCUUGUCAGCCUUGUGUUCUCUGCCCUUGCAGACUAUGAGGACCUAGAUGUGUGUGAUUCUGGUCAUUCUGCACAGGAAGUAAUGGAGCAUGUUGUCAGUGCUGCAGCGAAUACGCUGCUGAACAACUUGUGCCGCACAGAAAACGACAAAUUACGUAAUGCCAAGAAUGAGCGAAAGCUAAAGACCUUGAAGACCUGAGAGCUGUUUCUCGUUCCUUAUGUUUUAUUCAUGAUGCUCUGUUUUUUGGAAGAUAUUUGUAUGCUUUUGUUGACAGAACCCUUGUAAAAAUUGUGUGCCGUAGCUAGGCUUCACUUGCGCACAACAUCAUCAUAUAAACGAUGCAUUUUGUCCAUUCUAAGUACUAUCGUUGAAGCGCAUUGUGAUAGUUGUUUAUCAUUGCAGCUCUCCAUGUUACCGCAUUUCACCAUUGUGUACUUUAAUUUUGCACUGAGGGGAGAAAUUUUGUUUUUGGCUGGGUCUUCGCCAUUAUCUCAACAUUUUAUGAAGACCAAAGUGACCAGCAAACAGGGCGGGUGGAAAUAAAAAAAACACGAUCAGAGAUUGUACAAGAAGGCUGAAGCUCGUUUUGUGCGAAUCAUUUGUGCAUGGCGCUAUUAUGAUAAAAUGUACACCAA